CAUCCGUUUCUUACUGAUUUACAUUAAUUUUAAAUAAACUACUGCCGUGAGGAUGAUAUAAUAAUUCGACAAAUGACAACCUUAAAAUAUAAAAAUGUAUUUACAGAGUAUUCUGCGGUGUAGUUUGGUGCCACUCCUCAUCCGUAACCUCCGCUUCGUCACUUCCGCCCGGCAGCAGCGCUGCACUCGGUCAACACCGCAAACAAACGAGCAGCUGAGAGGGAAGAGCCCGGCUUGUCGCCUCAUUGACCGUAACCCGGAGUUUUGGUUUGACGGCUCUUGUGUUGGCCGGCCGCUAGUUAGCUAGCAUGCUGCUAGAGCAACGAGCUGCUGUUUCUGCACAUCGGACGUCCCCAAAUUUAAUCUCGCCAUGACCGAGUUAAGGUCUCGAAAAACUGACUCUUCGGAGGGAGAUAAAGAAGAGGACGAGACCCCAAAGGAGCUCGAGUUGGAGACCACACGGGGUGAUGGGAGUGCGUCUGUCGGCGGAGAGCGCGAGCAGCAGCAGCAGAAAGAAGGCGAAGGAGAAGGAGACGACGCUCUGCAGGAAAGGGGACAGUCCAACCGUCCUUCAGAGUCUUCUGUCAAAAGAUCCAAGUGCUCUUUUGCAUCCGGGUUACUGCAGCGCCUUGCGAGGCUGUUCUUCGGAUGCCUGGCAGCAGUUGCUUGCGGCGUGCUUUAUGCCAUCUAUAUGUCUUUGUACCACGACAGAAAGUUCUGGUUUUCGAUGAGACAGGAGCUCGAGCGAGAAAUCACCUUCCAAGGAGGCAGCGGGUUCUAUUAUUACUACUACAAGCACAUGCUGACGGCCCCGUCCUUUGAGAGAGGGUUGUAUGAGCUGAUGGUAGACAACAGGACUCUUUCGGGUCAGACCUUCAACGCAGUGGAGCGUUUUUCACUGUAUCCAGAGGUCAUCACAAGCUUCGUGUACCGAGUCACAGGCGGCCAGGAUUUUGUGGAGCCGAUCUACUUCUACGUUGGAGCGGUUUUCGGUCUCCAGGCCAUCUAUGUAACCGCCUUGUUUGUGUGCAGCUGGGUGAUGAGCGGCACCUGGGUGGCCGGCAUGUUGACCGUGUCCUGGUAUGUGAUCAACAGACCGGAUACAACCAAAGUGGACUUUGCCAUACCUCUGCGGGACAACUGGGCUCUGCCUUACUUCUCCUGCCAGGUUGCAGCUUUGACUGGAUUCCUGAGUAAUAACAUCAGCUCUGCCACCGAGAUGUGCUGCUACCUCACCCUGAGUGCCACCACCUUCAUCUUCCUCCUGGUCUGGGAGCACAGCCACUACGUGCUCUUCAUCCAAGGCCUCUGUCUUUUCUUGCUGGACUCUUUUGACCUGGUGCCAGUGCGUAAGAUGGCCGACAUUCACAAAGCCUACCUGGGUGCUUUGUUCUUGGCCUACUUGUUCCAGUUUCAGAACCCGGCCCUGCUCAGCUCGCCUCUGCUCAGCCUCCUGAUUGGCUCAGUGAUCGCGAGGUACUUUCAGCAAAAGAUGAAGAUGGGACCUCUCGUGGCCAGAGUCAUGAAGCUCUUCCUUCACUUCUACCUGGUCUUUACCACUGGGAUCACCUUCAGUUAUUUGGUCAAGAAACUUAUGCCUGUAAGUGAGAGUGACUUCAUUUUGAAAUUCCUUGAAGUAAAAUUUGGGCUCAACACCACGACUGACUUUAUCACCAACGUCCUCCUAUGCCAAGAGAGUUUCCAGACACCCGGUCAGGACUUCUUUCUGCGCCUGACGCAGGCCUCGGUGCUUCCAUUCUACUUGCUGGUGCUCGCUGUGUGUCUGCUGUCCACCCUGCAGACCAUUUACAGGAGACUCAGUGGCCAGCCAUUGAAACCUAACCUCCGACUUGAAGACGGACGCAUAGGGGAGCAGCCCGAGGUCAGCUAUCAUGUUUUUCACACGUUGCUUUUCGGAGGCCUGGCCCUGCUGUUUGACGGGAUGAAAUUCAUAUGGACCCCGUACGUCUGCAUGUUUACAGCGUUCGGCGUGUGUUCUCCUGAACUUUGGAUGACUGUGUUAAAGUGGCUCAAACUGAAGUCCAUCCACCCCGUAGUACUGUCCUUGAUCCUGAGCACAGCAGUUCCUACUAUCAUUGGUUUCAGUUUAUGGAGAGAGUACUGCCCUCGUGUCUUAGCAGAGUUGUCCGACGUGCAGGAGUUUUACGAUCCAGACACAGUGGAGCUGAUCAGCUGGAUCAACUCCCAGGCUCCGGGGGCGGCGGUCUUUGCAGGAAGUCCUCAGCUUUUGGGAACAGUGAAGUUGUGUUCAGGCUCAGCUGUGACCAGUUUACCGCUUUACUCCGACAUCAACCUACUGAGGAGGUCGGAGGACAGUUAUCAGGUGUAUUCAAUGAGGUCUGCAGAGGACAUUUACAAGAUUCUGACCUCUCAGAAGGCAAACUAUGUGAUCGUCGAGGAGUCAAUUAGCAACGAGCUUAGUCUUAAUAAAGGCUGUCGGAUCAAAGACCUGCUGGACAUCGCCAAUGGACAUGUGGUUUAUGACAAAGGAGAGAUUUACUCUUUCUCCAAGCACGGGAGGUUCUGCCACGAGAUAAAGAUGAACUACUCGCCCUACACAAACUACUUCACCCGGGUUUUCUGGAACCGAUCGUACCACGUGUACAAAGUGAACUCGGUCAUCUCCUUUCAGUACUGACAGCGGCCCCCACCUCCUCCCGCUGAGGCCCACUGCGCCCGGCUCUACGGCCCAUCCACCACGUUCCACAGAACUCGGGAGGAGGGACAACGUCUACUCAAUGGGAUCCUGCACACAGUGGAGUAGAUGCUGAAGCUCUAAAGUCAAAUACAUGAUUUGACUAAGACCAACAUGAAAGGGCCCUGUUGAAGCCAUGAGGAAGGGUCACUGGACUGUAGUUUGAUAAGCAGUGCGUUACUAUGAUGUAUUUAAGGAAGGGUUGGCUGAUAUGUGUGCUAAAGGUGAGCAAAUCCCCCCCCCCCUCAGUUCAUAACUCUACUUCAUUCAGCCGCUGAAUAUAUUUUAAGCUCUGCAACAGGUGUGACAUGUAGAGGAGUUGCUUCAAACGCAAUGGAUAUUUAUGAAAAGAUUUUUUAUUUUUAAUGCAUCAGAAUUCUGCGCUAUUAUUCAAAGGGAGCUGGAGGCAUCUUCUGAUGCUGCUCAUUUCUGUUUCUACAGUACCAGCUAGUUUGACUGGUACGUUAUGUUUCCAUUGUUUUCUUCUGGAUGCCUUCUUUGGAAAUGUGGGAAGUGCCUGACCAACAGCCCUUUGAUAAUCCCACCUUUAGUUGCGUCUGAGGCUAACCGUUCCAAGUAUUAGGUGGAAAGUUCCCUCUGGUGCUACCAAGUCUGACCAAUAACUGUCCCUCUGCAAAAGGCCAUGUAAUGACUUAGGUUUCAAUUGUGGAAAAUAAAAAUGUGUGAAAAACGGAUUUCCUUAUGUUGCCAUUUAGU